CUACAAGGAGACAAAAUACAUUUAAUCUUGUGGCUCUGGACUUGAAAAGCCCUGGGCUUAUUAUGAUUAGAAGCCGCAGACUUGUUGCCAGGAGUGGCCAGCGCCAGUAUUUAACAAAUCCUCCUCUUAUUAAAAUUUAUUCAUGGUCAUGGCGAAUCUCCGAGCGACUCCAGACCCAGGGCAAGUCAUGAGGAGACUCUUAUCUCAGAGAAACCUAUUUAUCCGGAUGUGAACAACAGCUGUCUCAUGAUUUUAACAAAAACACCAUAAAGAAAAAUAGCACUGGCUGGUCAUGGUGGCGCCUACCAGUAUUCUGUAGGAGAAGUAGGGGAUUUGAGGACCACCGGCAUAAAUCCUCAGACUCUCCCAUCCCCAAACAAACAACCCAAGACGAGCAAAUCUAAACAAAAAAGAAACGAAAACAUUCUUGAGUCCCAGAGUCUGAAGAAUGCCGUGGAGUGGCGGCGUGUGGCACCUGUCCUUUUCACAGAGGGGUCUGGAGAGCAGAGCCAGUGCUGGUUCCAGGAUUCCCUGCUCAACAACGGCAUACACAUGGAGGCUCCUCGCCCAGGAACACAUUUGCCAGCUGGGUAUGCCCCUCAGUAUCCACCAGCAGCAUUCCAAGAUAGAUCAGAUUCUGAUUCACCAGCAAACAGAACUUCUGGAAGUCUUAACAGGCUUUGAAACAAAUAAUAAGUUUGAAAUCAAGAACAGCCUUGGGCAGAUGGUUUACCUAGCUGUGGAAGAUACUGACUGCUGUACUCGAAACUGCUGUGAAGCAGCAAGACCUUUCACCUUGAGGAUCCUGGAUAAUCUGGGCCGAGAAGUCAUGACUCUGGAGAGACCCCUGAGAUGUAGUAGCUGUUGCUUCCCCUGCUGCCUCCAGGAGAUAGAAAUCCAAGCUCCUCCUGGUGUGCCGGUCGGUUAUGUGACUCAGACCUGGCACCCUUGUCUGCCAAAAUUGACUCUUCAAAACGAGAAGAAGCAGGAUGUUCUAAAAGUUGUUGGUCCGUGUGUGGCAUGCACCUGCUGUACAGACAUUGACUUUGAGGUUUGGAAAGGACAUACCGCCUCCUCAUUUGGCUCAUGCCUUUGUAUACAUACUUUGAUCAAGUCUCUUGAUGAGCAGUCUAGAAUUGGCAAGAUCUCCAAGCAGUGGUCUGGGUGUGUGAGAGAGACCUUCACAGAUUCAGAUAACUUUGGGAUCCAGUUCCCACUAGACCUUGACGUGAAGAUGAAGGCUGUGACACUCGGGGCGUGUUUCCUCUUAGAUUACAUGUUUUUUGAAGGCUGUGAGUAGGAAAGAAGUCGUCCGUGUGGUGGGGACCAGCGAAAAUGACAGAGAAGCGUUGAUGUCUCCACAGUGAGACCAUGUAUAUGGGAAACUGGUGGCUGUAGUUUUCUGUAUUGAAAUUUCUCAGAAUUAAGCUAUAAUACAUGAGGCAUAAUAGAUACAGUUUUGCUUUCUAAAUGACAGUUUAUCCUCUACAUAAUUGGAAUAGACAUGGGCUUACUUCUUUAUACACAUCUAAAUUAUUCACUGAAUUAAAGGUAAAAAUGAAAAUGUAUAUUUAGAAAUAAAACAUUUUAUGGAAAAGUAA